CUUCUAAAUGAAACGGCUCAUAGGCCCCAUAAUAGUGGUCAUCACACAAUUAAGUCUUGCUACACCUCACAAUUUGAACAACAUUUGUGGGCUGUUGUUGGUCUUCCACUUGGUGAGCCAUCAAUGAAAACUCCUGCUCCUGUCAUGUACAAUAUACUGGGUGAAGAUGAGGGGUGAGCCUGGUUUAUUUUAGGGCAUUGAGUAUUCCUGGGGCUACUGUUCAUUGGUAUGACAAGCCAGAAAUGUGAAAGCAGAGAAAGAUGGGCCAUGUCACAAUUGUUGGGCCUUCCAUGGGUGAUGUGGAAGAACGAUGAAAAUCAAUUCUGAGGGAAGAAGGUUCUGAUUGUCAGUCUGCAGUAACACCACGUGUUGGGAUCAUUAUGGGUUCUGAUUCAGGUCUUCCUGUUAUGAAGGAUGCUGCAAGGAUUUUGAAUAUGUUUGGUGUGCCUUAUGAGGUGAAAAUAGUUUCAGCUCACCGGACCCCUGAAAUGAUGUUUUCUUAUGCCUCAUCUGCCCUGGAGAGGCAUUCAGAUUAUCAUUGCUGGUGCAGCCCACUUGCCAGGUCACUCACUCCCGUGCCUGUUAUUGGUGUCCCCGUGCGUGCUUCUGCAUUGGAUGGACUUGAUUCACUCCUGCCCAUUGUGCAGAUGCCAAGGGGUGUUCCAGUUGCAACAGUUGCAAUAAACAAUGCUACCAAUGCAGGUUUGCGCGCAGUAAGGAUGAUGGGGAUUCGCGAUGCUGACCUAUUGGCAAGAAUGAGCCAGUAUCAAGAAGACACAAGAAAUGAUGUCUUGAGAAAAGCAGAGAAGCUGGAAAAGGAUGGUUGGGAGUCUUAUUUGAAUCCAUAAGUACUUAACUGCUUUGCCAGCCAUAUGCAUGAUUUUUGUGAGUUUAACACACUAUGGAAGUUCAAUUUUGGAGAACACAUUACCACAGCUAAACUUGGAAUUAACUAAAGGAUAUGUCCAAUUAAGGCAUCAAGCGGAUCAAUUUAUGUAGGAUGAAUGCAAAAAUGUGUCAACAGAAAAAGUUAAAGUGAAGAUGGUACUGGCAAUUUUGCUUCAGUUUUGAGAGAUCAAGAAGGAAAGGAAGUAUAGAAAACAGAGGUGGCGUUUGUUGGAAUAGGAAGAAGACUUGUAUCCAUUGUAGUUGCUAUAAGAGGGACUCUGUAGCAGUUAAGUUGAAUGAGUCAAAAGAACUUUUUAUCCCUUUAGUUGCAUAAGGAUGUUCUUUUGACCUUAAUAUUUAGAUGGUAAUCAAUAAUUUAUUACAGCAUUGAGUACUUGUACAUUUACGAUGAACAAUUUUUCUA